UUUUAAAGAGACAGAGGCCCAAUUUCAAGGCGUUUAAUUAGGAAGUUAAAUUUCUUUAAGUCAUAUUUGCUAGAGCAUUUUGAUAAUAAUUGAAGGUUAUUUUAUUUGCUAUAAUUUGCUAUAUUUUCACUGUGGAAAACUCAUAAUAUUGCCCCUUUACUACUAGACUUGUAAAUAAAUGACGAGAUCUUUCAAUUUUAAAAUGUAAUGGAGAAAGCAGAUCUGUUGCUCAACUACUUUGACCAAGAAGAACUUAUUUCUGUAAGCAGUUCUGUUUGGGUAACUCCUUUCAAACCAUCAGAAAAUCAAAUAAACAGAUGUUUUAAUUGCCCAUUUUGACAGCAACCAUCCUCCAUAUGCAUAUUAUUUUUAGCAACAUAUCUUUAUUUUUAUUGGGUUGCUGCUUGCUGCUGUGAAGGCAUGAACCUCUGGAAUUUUUAAUAUCUGCAAAAAAAUUUAAUGAAGGAAUUUGGGAGCAGAAAGAGAUUAAAUUGGACGCAACACAGUUUGCAUCAUUUUAACUGUACAAAUAAAGUUUCUAAUUAACAACAAUUUGUUUAAAAAACAGUCCUAAUUAGUUCCAAUGUCUUAGACAUUAGAACAGAUUCAGACCUUAAUGAUUUUCAUCUAGAAUGUGGAACUAAAACCAUGCUGAAAAUCAGGAAAUGUUGCAUAUCUGCUUCUAAAAAAACAUGUUUCACAUGUAAGAAAUAACUUCUGGAGUUUGUGUUUUCUCUCUGAAAUUGAUCAGUUGUCUCCGUAUGAUUUGGGAGCCGCCGGGGGCCGUCCUACUGAAACUGCCCAGGGCCCCUCAGGAGUUAAGCCCGGCCCUGAUCCAAACACAUGCUGGAUUUUCCUUCUUUUCAAAGCAGAAACCAGAACUGCUGCUUCCUGUAGCCAAUCACGUCCUGCGGUGAGUGAAAUAUGGAGCCAAACAGGUYGGACGGCAGCGGGAUGAGCUGAGUGACAGAAACUUUCUGAGGGAGACGCUGGUUCCUUUCUGAGGUCGGAUCUGUUGUUGUUUGGGUUUUUAAAUGAAGGAUGAGGGGAAAAUGCGACUGAGGCAGCGGUGAGUAUCUGAUGAUCUCCUGAUGUAGAUGAAAUUUACCUCUGAACAAGCCUGAACACGAUCAGAGGUUUACGGAAAACCCUGAACACACCUUCUGCUGCCAGCUUCCCAGUUUCAUUAUGUCAUGGGUUUUUUUUAGUUUCAUGGUGUUAAGCUGGUAGAAUGGGUUAUUAAAGUUACGUCACAACAUUUUAGACUUUAUACAGUACAAGGUGAUUUAAAAAAUAGACGUACUUUUUAUGAAAACUCCUGACAAAUACUUGAUCUGUUUGGUUAUUUCUGUUAAAGUAUUUACAGCGGUGGUGUCCAAACUAAUUCAGUUUGAAAAAACUCCAGGAGCAACAACAUUUUUAGCAUUUUUAUCUCAGUUGUAAACAAAAAUGAUUUUAUAUUUUAUAUUUAUCUGCUAAACAGACAAUAAACAAUUUAGUCCAAGGUUGAAGAGUCUUAAGUGUGACAUUUUUAAACAAGCGCUAAUUAAAGAUGGAGGGCAACAUCAGCUCCAUAUUAUUACAAGUAUCCUUGGAUUACAGUAAUCUAAUUGUUUUAUUUCCUUUUAACUCUUCUUCCAGUUUCCUUUUAAAGUCUGUUUGUCUGUGAACACAACAGUUUGACCUCAGUCACAUGAAAUAAGUCUAGAUUUUGCUAUAAUUGCUUUUUCUCUGGAUUUGGUUUUUAGUAUGAUUUGUUUUUAACAAAUCAUACUAAAAUAAAUAGAUAUUUAUGAAAAACAUGAGAAAAAUCAUUAAAUGGACAAGGAAAAUUAUUCAACAAUUAGAUUGGAAAUAAAAUAUAAAAUGAAGUAAUAGUGACAAAUAUUCCUUUAUGUCACAUUGUAUAGUUAAAGUUUCCAUUUUCAACAUGAACUGAAAACAGAUGUUGCAUGUCAACCAUUUUUUCUGAGAAAUUCUUCUUUAAAUAAAAAAGUACGAGUUGUGGAUGACCAUUCAAAGCUAGUUGUUAGCCUAUCUGUGCUAAUGUUUAGCAGAGAAAGUAAGAAGGUGAUUAGCCAAUCCAAAGCUAACGCAGCGUUGUUUUAAACAUGCCAGGCCUUUAGGGGGCAGUGCAGCACAAAGCUAAAACCUCUGACAGCCAAUCAGAACGCUUAAAAUCAACCAUGUCUUCCUGUUAGGAAUUAAAUGUUGUUCGUUUGAGUGGAAACAUGCAUAGGUUGAACUCAUUUUAAAUAUAAAGUUAAUAAAACACCAGACGAUGUUGAUUGGGAAUCAAGUCAAAGCAAGUAGGGCUCCAUGCUGACUGCAGAUUUCAAGGCACAUCAGAACAUGUUGGAAAUCAGAACAUUAAAGCAGUGAAGCAGAUUGAGGAAAAUGAGUGUUCCUAAAGAACCGCCGGCGGUGAAGCGGCCUGAAACCCGGGAGGAUGACGACAUCGAGCCAGAGGAGCCGAAAGGCAAAGAGGAGCAGGGAAAGGAUUUCCCGAAAACGACUCAAACAGCAAAACCAGCGUUCAACCCUCUGACUCUCAUCAAAGAGGACUUCAACCAGUUUAAAGAGGAAAUGAAGAAAAUGUUCAAGGACAAAGACUCGGACCCCAAACCGAGCCAAUCAGCGGAGAAGAGUGGCAGCCCUCUGACUCUCCUGAAAGAGGAACUCUCCAACGUUUUCCGGUUUGGGCCUUCAAGAGAUCGAGAGGACAAGAACGUGGAAAAGAAGGAAGACUCCAGGAACAACCGCAGGACAAAAGCCUCAAGAGCAGAGAGACCAGAUGAAACGAUGAAGAGUCUGUUCAGGAGGGAGAAACCUCUCCUGAAGGCGUCUCAAACAAAUCACACGAAGGAGGUUAAAAAGAGCAAAGAAGACUUAGAAAUAAAUCCAACAAAACAAAACACAGAAACUGAAAACACACAGAAAUCUAACGACCCGAUAAACUGUCAGAUGACUGGUUGUGGUCCAGAGAAGAGAACCGAGAAGACAAAGACUCCAAAACCACAAAGUGAGAAGCUGUUUGCAUCAACAGCAGCUCCUGAAAAAAGUACAACUAGAAUCUGGGAGAACGAAGAAAAAAAAGAGGAGCCUUUAGAAAAGGUUCUGUCCUCUGAAGUCAGUUUAAUCCCUCUAAGAACAAACCUGAGUCACCAGCCAACAGAAGACUUCUGGUCUCUGAAAAACUCUGCAAUUUAUCUGACCUUUGACCCCAACACGGCCAACUCAGAGCUUCGCUUAGCUGACGGCAACCGAAAGGCGAGUCGAGACUGGUUGACAGGUGGGCGUGCGGGGCACCCGGAGCGAUUCGAGCAAUGCCCCCAGGUUCUGUGCAGAGAGGGGCUGCUGGACUUGGCCUACUGGGAGGUAUCAUGGAGCGGCGGCGCCGACAUCGGCGUCACUUACAACAACAUCUCCAGAAACGGAGACACGGCGAGCUGCCUGCUGGGUCACAACGAGCGGUCCUGGAGUCUGGAGUGCUCCAGCGGGUUCUACACGCCGAGCCACAACAACAAGAGAUUCCAGUCCUGCUCGCCUGAACCCUUCAGCAACAGGGUCGGCGUGUACCUCAACUGCCCAGAGGGGACGCUCUCGUUUUUCUGCGUUUCCAAGGACGCGAUGGUUCACCUGCACACCUUCACCUCCACCUUCACAGAGCCGCUGUACCCCGGGUUCUGGGUGUGGGCCAGCGACGGCUCKGUGACUCUGUGUCAGGUGGAGCUGAACUGGGAACGUCUUCUGAAGUGAGACUAACUGAAGGACUGCUGACGAUGUCCAAACUGUCAGUCUUCUGCUGCGGCUGAGUGAAUGAUGUGGGCGUUAACCGACCGUCAAACAUCUUCUCAUGAAGGACACAAUAUGUAUGAACCAAGGAAGUGUUACUUUACAAAGAUUUCAUGACAAAGACUAAAUGAACUCUAUAAAAAUUAAAUAUUUAAGUAUAA